AGCUUUUUGAUCGCUGUCCACGAGUUGCCUGAACACUCUCCGCGAUUAAUGACUUAGUAAUUAGAUAUCGACAAUACGUAAAUAGAUUUCCUGUUACUUCUUGAUAAAUGUAAUAAUAAUCUUUGUGUUAUCUCAAACAGAUAUAAUUUUUUGUUAAAUCUUGACGUAACUUAAUCAUCGUUUUGUCAGCACUUAAAAUCACACAAUUACUUGGAAAACAUCUGCAGUGCUUUCUGUUCUAAGCAAAAGCUUUUUUGUGGAUUAGUUUAAAAUGGCCUUGAUAACAGCACACUGGCCCCUGGAUGCCAUCAUCGUUUUCACGUCGUUACUGGUGGCCGCUUACAUGUACGUGACCCGGAAAUUCAAUUACUGGAAGAAACGCGGUGUGUUUGAUAUAACGCCGACUCCGUUCUUGGGAAACUUCGGCGACAGCUUUUUCAUGAGGAUCAGUUCUGCGGAGUUUGUUAAAUCGUUGUACGACCAGACGAAAGGACUUCCAUACGCAGGAUUCUACAUAUUCGACAAACCGUAUUUGUUGGUACGGGAUCCUGAAUUGCUGAAGCAUAUCCUGGUCAAAGAUUUCAACGUGUUUUCGAACAGACACGUAAUGUCGGAUGCUAAGCGUGACCGACUCGGUUAUGCGAACGUGUUCAUGCUGAAGAAUCCUGCUUGGAAGUACGUCAGAGAGAAGGAAUCGCCCUUUUUCACUUCGGGAAAGCUAAAGAAAAUGUUUGAACUGAUGCUGGUGAUCGUCGACGAUUUGGAGAAGCACCUCGAAUCAUUACACUUGGAGGGCAAUGGGAAAAUAUUGGAAUUGAAAGAUCUCGCGGCGAACGUAACCACGGAUAUGAUCAGCUCUACGGCGUUCGGUUUGCGAGUGAACUCGCUGGCCGAUCCGAACAACGCGUUUCGUUCGGCGGGCAGAAAGAUUUUCAUCGAUUUGUUAAUAGAGCUCAGGAAGAAACACAAGGGCGAAGAAGUAGACGGAUUCAAAUUCGAAGGUGACGAUUUAUUGGCGCAAGCCGCUGUGUUUUUCACUGGUGGUUUCGAAACGUCAUCCACUACCACGGCUUUCACACUGUAUGAAUUAGCUUUGAAUCCCGAGAUUCAGAAGACUCUUAGAGAGAAGAUUCAUGAAGCCCUUGAGAAGACUGAGGGCAAAAUUACUUACGAAAUGGUUACGACGUUACCGUAUCUCGACAUGGUAGUAUCUGAAACCCUUCGCAAAUACCCGCCUCUAGGAUUCUUAGACAGAGUCGCUGGAGCUGAUUACAAGGUACCCAAUUCCGACUUGGUAAUAGAGAAAGGUACACCGAUAUACAUGUCCAUGCUCGGUAUGCACUACGAUCCGGAGUAUUUCCCAGAACCAGAGAAGUACGACCCCCUAAGGUUCAGUGAUGAGGCGAAAAGGUCCAAAACCCCAUUCACCUAUUUUCCCUUCGGCGAAGGACCUCGCAUCUGCAUUGGCAUGCGGUUGGGAUUAAUACAAUCGAAGCUAGCAAUCAUUCAAUUCCUGAAAAAUCACGAAUUCUCUGUCUGUGAAAAAACGCCCAUCCCGAUGAUCCUGGAUCCUAAAGGAUUCACGACGACGUCCAAGGAAGGAAUAUACCUGAACGUUCGAACAACGACCACCGUAGGCGGAUAAAUCAUAGACGCAUUCUACUGAUUUUAUUUUACUUGUGAUAUUUCGAUAUUUAAUUUGUAUACCAAUCAUCUCCCAUCCUUGCCCGUUCUUUCGGUUGAAUAUGUUGGAAUCGAACGAACAGAGACACGAGACGAAUGUCAAAUAAAUUAUUCGAAAGUUUG